AUGGACUACAGCUCAUCAAUCCACGACCCCGAACAACCCGCCGAAACGUCCCCCUGGGGGAACUCGCCGAGCUCGUCGCCCCGACAGACCCAAACCGUGUUCGGAUCCAUCACGGCCGACGCUCCCGGUUCACCUUUCCGGUACCCGAGCUCGAACACUGGCCUCAGCGACGACGGCGGGUUUGGUGGGAGCGACGUUGAAUACAGGCGGCCGGAUACUGCGAGCAGCACCGUAUCGCAGCCUACCGAGCCUCAAUCAGAAGCACUAGCACCGGCCGAACCGAUUCCUGAACAGCAGGGAUUUGUGGGGGGUCAGGGGCCUCAGUCGCCGCAACCGCAGGGGCAGACGCAAGCGCAAGCGCAGACGCAGAUGCAGACGCAGCAACAGCAAGGUCAUGGACAGCCGACGCAGGAACAGCAGCAGCAACAGCGGCAGCAGCAGCAGCCCAGGAAACCUCCGCCGCCGCAGUUCAAGCUGCAGGCCAAGAUCACUGGGCUUGAGCGUACUGGGCGCAAGGACCCAAUUUUGCGAUUCGAUGUUCAUACAAACCUCCCGGCCUUCCGGACCACCCAGUACCGCGAUGUGCGCCGUCUCCACUCCGAGUUCAUCAAGCUCGCCGAACACCUUAUCUCGGCCAACCCCGAGGCCAUCGUGCCAUCUGUCCCUCCCGCGCUGACCUCUGCCGGCGCGGGCACCGAGGAGGAUGAGAUCCGCAUCAAGGCCCUCUUACAGCGGUGGUUCCACUAUGUGUGCAGUAACGAGGUGCUCAUGCGUGACGACGAGAUGGUGCUUUUCGUCGAGAGCGACUUUGGGUACAGCCCGAUGGUCCGCAAGAAGCAGCCGGCCACGGGCGUGCGCCGCAAGAUCCUCAAGCAAUUUGCCCCGCCCCCAGACGAUACCCCCGAGCUACAGGAAGCCCGGCCCAUUGUUAAGCUGUUUUACCUUGGAUCUAUGGAUGCUGGCCACAAGGUGGACAAGCUCGUCAAGUCGAGGAGAUGCCUUGGUCUCUCGGAAUCCGACUUUGGCGUCAAACUCGGGGCCAUGAACGUCCAAGAGCCACACCCCGGCCUGGCCAACGCGUACCGUAAGCUGGGCAAGAUCGUCCAGACCGUCGGCGACUACCACGCAGCCCAGGCGACCGCAGAGGCCACCACCAUUGGCGACCCCUUCCAAUACCACUCCCAAGAUGCCUUCGUCGUCAAAGAAACCCUGACCAACCGCCAAAUCCUCAUCCGCGAGUUCCUCCAGGCCCAGGAGACCACCCGCUCCCGCCUCAACGCAGCCGACCGCAUCAAAGCGUCCUCCAACGUCCGCCGCGAAAAGGUCGACGAAGCCAUCGCCACCCUCGACGAGGCCCGCCACGCCGAGUCCGCCCUCUUCCAAAAGACCACCCGCGUCACCCAGAACCUCGUCCACGAGCGCCGCCGCUGGUUUAACCGCACCGCCGCCGACCUGCGUCUCGCCGUCCGCGAGUAUGUCCUCCGCGAGAUCGAAGCCGAGCGCCGCACCCUCUCCCUCCUCGAAUCAGUCCGCCCAGACAUCCGCUCCAUCGACGCCAGCGGCGGCCUCAGCCGUCUCGGCCGCGAAAGCCAUCCGCCUGCUGCGGCCGCUGCCGGCCGCCGUACUGCGCUGGCCGCCAGCCAGGGUCCCAAGGGCGACGCCUGGAGUGGCGUGCCCCGGCGCAGCGUGGACGCACUCACCCGGAGUGUCUCGGGGAGCUUGGUAGGCAGCGGGGCUGAGGGAGAGGAGGGAGAGGGGGCCGGUGGUGAUGAGCAGGGCGGUUUGGGUGGGGCUGGGAGUCCUGGCGGUGAUGGUAGUGCAAGGUCGAGAGCGCUGAGCGGUGCUGCGGGACGGAUGCAGGGUGUGCUGGAGGAGGAUGAUGAGGACCGGGUGGAUGCGCGGAAUGCUGCGAGUCGGUUGGCUGCGAGCACUUUUUAA